UUAUAAGAACGGGGUCGUCGAUAGGCUACUGUCAGAACAAGAAACGUCUCUCGUUAGAUAACAGAGCAAUUUUAUUGAAGUCUCCGUACUGAUUUUUGCCUAUCCCUUCACUGUCUUUUAAUAUUUCCCCAAGAAAUCAUGGGUGUUCAGUCGGUUGUGUGUCUGCUUCUUGUGGUCGCGGCGACAACGUACGCGCAGAAGCCCUGCUGUUACCCAGACCAAUUCGAAAUAUCGGAGGGUCGUCAGGUUGGCAUGGAUCGGGCAGGAAAAGGCUCCGCCAUUUAUGAGACUUGUAAACUCGCAUUCGAUUACACCAAUAAGCGCAUUGCCAAGAUAGGAGACCGUAUCGAGGAUGGGCGAACCAUGGAUUUCCAAGUCAUUUAUGACUUCAAAGAUGGCGCUGAAUAUCGCCUUGAACCAAAGAUGCAACGGUGCGAGAAGCUUCGGCUAGCGGGACCCAUCUCCCAUUGUGUUCCCGAGAACGCCACCUUUGGCCAAUCCAUGUACUUGGGCGACAAUAAGCUGACUAUUGACGUGUUUUACGUGGCUUACAAGACUGAACGCGGGGCUGGCCAGGGCUCCCUGUCGGUGACUCAGGGAGACUGUCUUCCCAGCAGUUUCCUCACGUCUGGAGUGGAAGGCGAUGUGUCUUAUAUGGAACUUGCUGGAUAUUUCAACUAUGUCAGUGGCAUCAAGAACCCGUCUGAAUAUUUCACCGUGCCUGACUAUUGUCCAACGAUGUUCAGCAACGGCAAGGAACCAACGAUGUUUGACACACUCCCAGAUAUGAUGCUGGUGUAAUAAAGCUGGCCUGUGCAGUCGGAUGGACGUUGUUAUUGACUUGCAACUAGGGUACAGGCGUCAAAGAAUCAAAGUCAACUUGAUUAUUUGGCUUUCAAACUUUGAACUUUUAUAAUUCUCUUUUUUGUAUCUCUAUUUCGGCCAAUGCGUAGUUUCAGGGUAUACCAUUUAUACAUUUAGCAAUGCGUGUCAAUUUGUAUCAAUCUCGUACAGUAGCUGAAUGCUCAUGAAGAUAACACUUUUAAAUCAGCGUACUUUGCAAUAAUUUUGUCAUAUUCGUAAACAUAUUGCAACCAGUCUAUUUCAUCCAAGAAUUUAAGAAUCCAGCAAUUGUAAUAGGACGACAAAACUCCGAUUAUAUGAUUAGAGAUAUUUACAAGAUUUGUUGAAGUUAAUUAUAUCAUUAUAAUUCCGUAGCAUUGGUAAUGAAUGGUCAUACAAUAAAAGCAACAAACUCA